AUGGGCCACUGUACGGCCUCCUCAUGCUGCUGCCAGGCUCCGUAAUCUGCCAUGGGCUCCCGUGUACCGACUCUCAAUGCUGCUGCACAGGUCCCCGUAAUCUGUCAUGGGCCACCUGUACCGCCUCCUCAUGCUGCUGCCAAGGGUCCAUGAGUGUGUCAAUGGGUCCCUGUACGGCCUCCCUUUGCUGCUGUCUCCAUCGCCACACUCUGCCAUUGUGCCACUUUCAGGUCUCCUCACACUGCUGAGUGGGUUCCAUUUUGUCAUAGGUGUGCUGUAUGGCCUCCCUCUGCUUGCUGCACUGCCUCCACCGCCACACUGUUGGCUCUACACACUCUGGGUUUUGGAACCACGGGGCGAAUGCCCAAAAUGUGUGAAGUGUGACGGUGAUCUUUAGUAUGGACGGCACUCAUCAGUUGCUAUGCAUACUCUCUGACACUAAACGACAUGUUUUAUUUCAGGUCUUCCCCAGCACAGACUUCCAUGGGCAUUUUAUUUAUAAGGUACAGUGUUAUGCACAUAAUAUAA